CCAGAAGAGCAACCUAGAGCUGCAGUGAUCGACAGCCAUAAUUACACUUCAAAAGCAUAUUGAAUACAAACAGGAGCCAAAAAUACACAUGGCAACGUUUUACAGAAACCUGGCUGUACCUGGAGGCAAACUGAUAGGAUGGCAAUAUCACUUUCUUCCUCCUUCUUUUGAAAUGACAAACACAUUAUCUGUCACCGAGCUCUAAUUCCUCCUGAGGGCAAAUCAGAAAAAAGAAAGGGAAAAAAAACCCUCGAGGGGUCAGACGAAGGAGGGAGUAACAUCGUUGAAGGGCACCAACAUUAUAGACCAACCCACUGCAUGUUGAGUCCUGCCCUGCUCUUUUCCCACAUCAUACUCACAUGUCGCUGUGGAGCGGUGAGAGACUGAGUGCGCGUCCUCCUCCUGUCCUCCUCCGGCCGUGGGAUCACUUCUGUCGUUGAGGUUUCGCUGGAUAUUUUACACGCUUUUACAGGCUGGCUCUCAUCGCCUCCUAGUGGCACAGGGCAUCGAAAACUUCUGAUUUCUGGAGGAAAAUUUCUCAAACCACAGGAAAUCCUACUUGAUAGCUUCAAAAGGAGCACUUUUUUUCUCUGUGUACAACAGCUGACUGCCUCUGUCUUUUUUUUUAAAACCAAAGAAAGAAAUGCACAACCAGGGGAAUAUAUGACACCUUCUCUGUGGAUCUAAUCAUCAACUCAGAAAAGAAAAAGGCAUCUACCCUCUGGAAGCUCCAAAUAAUGGCCACAGAGACUUUCCACGCUGCCUAUGCUGCUGAGCACCCGUCUGCAAUGCCUGUGUCCCCCUCUGAAGGGAACCUGCUUCGGAUGUUUCGUGCGUACCAGAGCAACGAAGUCAUCAUUGAGCACUACAACUACACAGGCAAACUGAAGGAGAACAAGUACAAGGAAGGACUCAAACCAGAUGCCAUAGCUUUCCUGCUCGUCUGCCUGCUUAUAGUUGUAGAAAAUGCGGUGGUGCUUGUGGCUAUCUGGAAGAAUAAGAAGUUCCAUCUGCCCAUGUACUACUUACUGGGCAACCUGACUCUCUCUGACCUGCUCGCAGGCUUCACCUACAUGGUAAACAUCAUCAUGUCUGGUGCCAACACAUUAAACAUGACCCCGGUGCUGUGGUUCCUGAGGGAAGGGGGUGUGUUCAUCAUGCUUGCCGCCUCCGUCAUCAGCCUGCUGGCCAUUGCCAUUGAGCGCCAUGUGACCAUGGUGAGGAUGAAGCCGUACCAGGGGGACAAACAGGGGCGGAUGUUUGCUCUGAUUGGAGCGAGCUGGGUGCUGUCUGUGUUCCUGGGCAUCCUGCCGGUCCUGGGCUGGAACUGCAUGGGGCAGCUGGACCAGUGCUCCACAGUCCUCCCGCUCUACGCCAAGAGUUACAUCCUCUUCUGUAUCACCAUCUUCAGCGCCAUCCUCAUGUCCAUUGUGGUGCUGUACGUCCGCAUCUUCCGCAUUGUCAAGUCCAACACCCAACGCCUUGCCGCAGUUCCACAGCGCAAAGGCCUCUACCGCAAGUCCCAGAAGUACAUGGCCCUGCUGAAGACAGUCACCAUAGUCCUGGGGGUCUUCAUCGCAUGUUGGCUGCCCCUCUUCAUCCUCCUCCUGCUGGACUUCUUCUGUCCAGCCAAAAGCUGUGAGGUGCUCCUGAAAGCGGACUAUUUCCUGGGCAUCGCUAUGUUCAAUUCCCUUCUUAACCCCAUCAUCUACACCCUGACCAGCAAGGACAUGAGGAGGGCCAUCCUCAGGCUGCUCUGCCGACCCUGCCUCUUAACUAAAGACGGACAGGUGAAGAAGAUUGGGAUGCCCUUCCUGGAGUGCAGCACAAGCAAGACUGAUGCGGCCUCUCACAGACUGGAGGGACUGGAGACGACAGUAUCCUCUGGUAACUUAACACCCUCUACUAUCAAGGCCAUUUACCCCAGGAUGUUGAAAACAUGACACGGUGGCUCACUUAACACUGAGAGCAUUUAGACUGAAGUGUAAACAUGUACGACAGGAGCUGAAGAUUUGUGUUGCACUCUGCUAAAGUUGAGGUAUUAAUCUUCAUGGAACAGAGCAAGCUUUAUGUAUGUGAUAGAUGUCCAAACUGGGAGAAAGACAUUUACUUUUUCAACUUUAUGUACAUGUUUUCCAUUACAGCCCAAUCAUGAAAAACAGGAAAUGUCAAUGCAUUAAUAGCUGGCAGUUUCUUGUGAAAAACCGCAUUACAUUUUUAGACAUUGAAAACAAGGCCAGUAUUUGUCAAGGGACUCCCCUUCUGGAGUUUGAUUCUUUUAUCAGUGUUUGCUUUUGCACCUAAAAUGAAAUCAAAGACUGUGUGCAGACGCUUCACAUAAAUACUUACAACCAUGCUGCACAUCUGCUACACCGUGGCCAAAGCCCAAAGAUGAGAUUUAUCCUUACCUCCUCUCCCUGUGUAGCAUAUAAUGAUAUGUUGUUACAAACACAGAGCAUCCACACCCAAACUCGGCUGCCAAAACCAUGUAAUUUCUGCCAUGUGAGUUUCGGUCAGCAGUAAUUCUGGGUCGAGGUCCUCUCGGCCGAGAUCAGAGGCUCGGUGGGCUGGAGACGUACUAAACACGUCAUAUGGAGGGUUGGUGCUGAGUGGUUUGCAGCUUUGGAGGUCCCUUCGACAUAUGUAGCAACACAUGAUGAAUGACUAAAAGCAAUAAAGCUGACAGUGGAGGUUUGUUGAUGCCUUCUUGGUCCAAAGGAGUAGAACAUCACAGUGAUAUGACACAGUAAAGCUUGUGGACAAUAAGAACAAAAGAAGAGUAUUUUUCUUCUUGGAGAACGUUCAUCAUGAAAUUAUAUUAAUCAAUUUUUCUUGUGAGAAAGAGCGGCAGAAAUCUGUUAAACCCACACACAGAGUGUGUGGGCAUUAAAGUUAUGGGGAAUUUCAUUGUAGUCAUAAUGACAUAAAAGCAAAUACUAUUGUACAUAAAUGUAAAAAGAAAAAAAAAUACUUUACUUUUUUUUAGUAUACUUUGUAAAUAUCUGUAACCUUUUCUAAUCUCAUCAGAGCUGCAUUUUGUAUUGUAAAAACCUCACUUAAGUUAUGAUGCCAGUUUUAUAUCUGCACUGAAUAAAACAUAUGUGAAUGAUGUUUA